AUGGGAGAUAACGGAAACGAAAACAAUAAUGGAAACAGAGGUUUCGAAGGAACAAACCCGCUGAUUGUUUGCGCAACAAUUAAUGCUGACAAUUUUGAAUUCAAACCCGUGAUGCUUCAGAUGAUCAACAACAAUGGUCUCUUUGGAGGAAUGCCUAGUGAUGAGCCCUUGUCCCAUCUGCGUUCCUUUAACCAGAUGUGCGAUAAUUUCAAACAAAGAGGCAUGACAACUGAUGCAUUUAGGUUGAGAUUAUUUCCUUACACACUACAAGGGAAAGCCCGAGACUGGUUUGAAUCUUUGCCUUCUGAUUCCAUCUCCACUUGGGAGGAAUUAAGAGAAAAAUUCCUAAAAAGAUUUUUCCCACCCACUCGAAAUGCAAAUCUAAGAAACGCCAUCACAUCAUUCCGACAAAUGGAUGGUGAAUGGUUAUGGGAAGUGUGGGAGAGAUGGAACAAUUUGCUAAGAAAAUGUCCAACACAUCGACUCCCUGAUGAUGUGAAACUUGGGACAUUUUACCAAGGUUUGGAUGCUCAAACACGCAUGCUGGUAGAUACAUCAGCUGGAGGAGCAUUGCUUACAAAGAGCUAUGAAGAGAGUGUGGAGAUUUUGGAUAGAAUAACAACCAAUAAUUUCCAGUGUGCCACAGAUAGGAUACAUGUAGGAGGUUCAAAAAGAAGUACAUCAGCUGAAGUUCGACUUGCAGCUCAAAAUGAUGCGUUGGUAGUUGAGUUGGCCACAAUCAAGAGCAUGAUGAAGAAUAUGAUGUCGAGUGGUGGGUCAAAUGAAAAGAAAGUUGCUAUGAUUUUGUGCGCGGUUUGUCAAGGAGUGCAUGAUUAUAGUGAGUGCCCACAAAAUCCUGAAUCUGUAUUUUUCAUGGGAAGUCUAAAUUUCCCACGACAAAACAACCCAUACUCUGAAACAUACAAUCCAGGGUGGAGAAAUCAUCCCAAUUUCUCAUGGGGUGGACAUCAACAACAACAAAUUCAACCUCAACAAGAGCAGUUUCAGCAAAGGCCUCAAAACCCACCGGGGUUUUUUCAAAUGCCAAAUCAGCAAGUGAGACCACAAGGAGGUGCAUUCCACCAGGCAUCAGGAAGUAUUUCAAAACCAACAGCGUCUUCAUCAAAUCAAGAGAUGUCACCUUUCGAGAAGGCCAUGAUGGAGUUUAUGAUCAAACAAGAUCAAAAGACUGAGGCACGUGAAAAGAAUCAAGCAAUUGCCAUGAGAAAUUUGGAAAAUCAAUUAGGGCAAUUAGCACAAGCACUGAACUCACGAGAACCUAGAACGUUGCCAAGUAACACCAAAAAUCUAGGUAAUGUCAAUGAUAAGAGGCAACGCAAUGCCAUCACACUUAGAUUGGGAAAGGAGUUAACUCCAAAGAAUCAUGACUUACCAGUCACCGAUGAUGAGCAACACUCGGUAAGUGUUGAGACUGAUAAGAAAAAGCAAGAUGUAAAAGAUGAUGAAAAAGAGUAUGUUGAGAUUGAGGACAUAACCGAUGAGGAGUACGGGCAGAAGAAACUAAACAAGGAACGUCCAACAAGUUCAAGUCCAAGUGUUGGGAAUGAAAAGAAAGCCUUAGAAAAAGAUACUCGAACUGGUGCGACAGUUGCACUAACAACUUUGCCUUUCCCACCUAGGCAAAAUAAGUCUAAAGUCGAUGAUGGGCAAUUUAAGAAGUUUCUAGAGAUCCUUUCUCAAAUUCAUAUCAACAUCCCUUUUGUUGAAGCCUUGAAACAAACGCCCACAUAUGCAAAGUUCAUGAAGGAAGUUCUUACAAGGAAAAGAGUUUGGAGAGAGUUUGAUACUGUUGCAAUGACGAAAAGUUGCACAUCAAUAAUCAAAAACAAAUUACCUGUGAAGAAGGAUGAUCCAGGUAGUUUCAUUCUGCCGUGCAAAUUUGGAAAACUUGACAAAAUAGGUUUGUGCGACUUCGGUGCAAGUAUUAAUUUAAUGCCUUUGUCAAUUUUUCAAAAAUUAAGACUUGGUGAAGCUAGACCGACCACCGUUUCACUCCAGCUAGCAGACCGAUCGAUGGUAUAUCCAGAAGGUAAAAUAGAGGAUAUCAUUAUCAAAGUUGAUAAUUUUUUCAUUUCAGCUGAUUUUAUCAUUUUGGAUUAUGAAGCUGAAGAUGAUUGUGGAAUAAUUUUAGGGAGGGCAUUUUUGGCAACUACUGAAGCUUUAAUUGAUGUCAAAAAGGGAGAGGUUACAUUGAGAGUAAAUGAUGAGCAAAAGACAUUUAAUAUGUUUAAGGCUAUCAAACAGUCCUCUAAUGUGGAAGAAUGCUCAUUCAUACGAGUCAUGGAUGGAUUGGUAGAUUUAAAGGAGGCCCACUUGAGUAAGGUGACUCAUAACAUUGAGGAAAAUAGAGAGCCCACAGUUAAAAGCGUAGUGAGUCUGGUCAAGGAGAAGCAUGACUUGAAUGAUAGUGUGAUUGAAUCAUCUUUGCCAUCCCUUGAAAAAGUAUAUGAUUUAGAGUUGAAGUGA